AUGGCUGCCACCCACCACAAUGCAAGGCCGGAGGGCACUUUCCUCUCAGCAGUUGCCGACCAUGCUCAGAUCGACGAAACAAGCUCGAACAACCUGAAUGAACAGGACCCGCUUCUCCCCUUAUCAAGUCCUCGUGAUGAGGCAUCGACCGCCUCCGAAAACGGUCUUUUGUGGUUGAUGGGCCCCGCGUUACUGGCUGGCAUCUUUGUGAAAGCUUUUGAUAUUGCGUUUCUAGCCACGAGCUACUCCCGUCUCGCUUCUGACCUUCAACAUUUCAAGGAUGCAUCCUGGGUUAUGCUUACGGCGUCGAUAUGUUCAGCCAUCUUUGUGCCAGUGUACUCUUACUUUCUCGCAUAUCAUGGGAUCAAACGGAUGAUGUUCAUUGCUUAUGGAUCAUUCGCGUUCGGGCUUACCCUUUGCACCAUUAGCACAUCAUUUUGGCAACUCCUGGGCUCUAGAUUUGUCGUGGGCUUUGGCUCAUCAGGGAUCACUCUGCUCUCCAUGAUCGUCAUCAAUGAAAUUGUUGGCGUCAAACAGCUCGCAAUCUGGGAAAGUUUUGUUACAUGCAUCGAAAUGGGAACUAGCAUGGCAGCAGGGCCUCUAGGUGCUUGGAUGUACAGGUCAUUCGGUUGGCAUUCCGCCUUUCUCCUAGAGGUCUUAUUCGCCGUCACUGGAGUGGUAGUGCUCCAUUGGUCAUUUAAAAAGAUUGCCUGUCACGCACGGUACUCGCAGUCCACUUUGCUCAAGCACGGCGAUCCAUCUCAGUUGCCAUCCCACGCAGAUGGAGGAGGUUGGCUGUUGCUCAUUUUGGCGGUAACCACACCUCUCGUUGCCUUCACGCUCGGCGACAAUAUUCUCCGCUGGACAGAUCCUCUAGAAGUGGCCCUCCUCAUUCUCGGUCCGUUGUUUAUGGUGACGUUCGUGGUAUACGAGCUCAAGAUCGCCUCUUUCCCCGUUAUUGACAUGACACCAAUUUUCACGAAGAAGUAUCUGAGUGUCCUGUUUCAAGUGUUUGGAGUUAUUUCCAUUUUGAAUUCGAUUGUUUUCAUCAUACCACCUUACAUCCAAGUACGCGCCUUCGGUGGCCCAUCGUUUGAGGAUUGGGCCUUGACCUGUGUGUUUCUUGGGUUUCCCAUCGGUGCCAUUUCUGGCGGGUACCUAAUUAAGAACAAUAUCCUCCCAGUGCAGCGUAUCAUGCUUGCAAACGCCAUGGCAUUGGGAGCAUGCUGCUCUCUGUUUGCUAUGCGAUUAAUUAAACCCGAAGUAGCGCAACAUGCGCCAUUGCUUGUUGUUUUUGGUAUCAGUACUGGUUUGUGGCAGAGCUGUCUGCUCUAUGCUACUUUGUCGAGCACGGAAAAGAAAUGGUGGCCCCAAACACUAGCAUUGUACUACCUCAUCGAGACUUUUGGAGCGGACUUGGGCAUGGCGCUCAUGUCUACGAUAACUCGGUCGGUUGCAAAGAUUGGCAUUCGCUCCAGCCUGGGUGAUUCCAAGACCACGGAGAGAAUCAUUCUUGAUGCCAUGAGAGAUUUGAAAAGUGUCAGGAGACUCAACGCAGGUGCACGCACGGCAGUUCUGGUGGCUUUUGAAAAUGGGAUGCACACCGCAUUCUUUGUGCCUUGCUCACUGGCGGCAAUGGUAAUCAUUCUGGCUGCAGCCAUGAACAUCAAACAUCUGGACAAGAAUCCUGAAAGGAGUGACAACGAGGCAAUAACACCAACCAACUAA